AUGUUGCUUCCCUUAUCUGCUUACUCAUCUCUCCAUCUUGUUGCUACUGGAGCCAAAAUUUUGCUUGUCCCAACAUCUGAUUCUUGUGAAUAUUUUCUCUCUCUCCUCCUCCUCCUCCUCCUCCUCCUCCUAUCUCUCUCUCUCUAUCUUUUAAUGUGUCUGUAUAUUUAUCUUUCUAUCUAUCUCUAUCUCUCUAGCCAACUCUCUUCUAUCUCUCUAUUUAUUAGUCCAUCUAUAUCUUUCCUCUCUGCUAUUCAUUUUAUCCGUCAUUCAAUCUUGCAUACAGUUUCUAUCUAUCUAUCUAUCUAUCUAUCUAUCUAUCUAUCUAUCUAUCUAUCUAUAUUUCUAUUCUUUUUCUCUCUAUCUCUAUUUCUAUCUCUCUUUUCUCAUUCUCUAUUAAUUUUCUUUCACUUUUUAUCUCUCUUUGUCUCUAGCGCUCUUCUCUCUCUAUCUCUCUAUCUCUCUCCUCUCUUAAUCUCUCUUUCUCCUCCCCCUGUUUCUUCUUUGUCACUAUCUUUCUCUCGCACUUUCUAUUCAUUUUGUAUCUAUCUGCUUACUGUUCCUUACUUUCAUAGAAAGAUGAACAAUAUCAGAUAA